UCUUAAUUGAAUGUGUUUCAAAAACAAUCAAAAUGAAGUAUUCUAAAAUUUUAGUAGUUUUGGUUUUAGCAUAUUUUUCGGUAAGUUUAUUAUUACAAUAUAGGCCAUAUAAAUCUUUAACUCAUAUAAGUCUUUAUAUCAAAUGUUAUUAUGCGUUAGUUUUUUUUCCAUAGUUACUAAUUAUACAAGAACCUACCUAUUAAUUUAUACAAUAUUAUGUUUAGGAAAAUGUAUCAGCUCAAAAAAGAUUUUAUCAAAUUACAAAACUUCCAAAUACUGUAAUAAUCAACGAACAUAAAAAAAUACAUGAAAUAAAUUUACAAGUAAGCAAUUAUAUAUUUAUUUUGUAUCGCAGCUUUGCUUUUCUUUUAAUUUGAUAAAAACAAAAGUUAUUAUAGUUCAUAAAGUUUAAAAAAGCGACUAAAGACAAUAUGGUUUUUUAAAGCUGGUGCAAGUGUCGAAAGAGAAAUUAAUUAUGAUUCACAAUUGAUAAUGAAUGAUUAAUUAUAUUAUUAUGAUCAAGUAUGAGACAUGAAAUUGAAAUUUUAAAUUUUAAUUACUUAUUCUUUGAUUGUAAUUUAAGAUGUACAAUACUUUCAUAACUAUUCAAAUAUAUUAUGUAUAUUUCAAAUUCAAUAAUGGAAAUGUAUUUUGAUUUAUCAUUCUGUCAGUUUCUAAUAUCAGUAUCAAAAAAUUAAAAAUUAAAACUAGAUACUAAAUAAUAAAAACAAAUAUUUAACAACACAUACAGUCAAAAAUAAUUUUUUUUAAAUUCUAAAUUUGAAAAUAUCACUAACCAAUAAUUAGUUAGCAAAUUAUUUACUUUGGAACACCAAGUUGUAGGUAUGUCAACAAAUGGUUGGAAGUCUCAUCUAUAGAUUCAAAACUUUUUAAGCAAAAUUUUACUCCAAAUGAGUUUUAGAACACAAGUACCUUAACAUUAACCAACAAACACAUCUUUACUGUUAUUUAAAUAAUUUUAUAAAAUAAUGCCUUCAAUUUUAAACAGAAAUAACUCUAGUUUCUCCUUGAUGAUUGCUAUGUUUCACUAGUUUCCCAAACAUAAUUUUGAUUUCACACUGUAUUUAAUUUUUCCAAUUUCAACAGUCAGCUGAUUCUCAACAAAAAAAUGUAAAUCCAACAGUUCUUACAUUACUAAGUAAAAUACAACAGCCUAUUGCAAAUCAAAGGGAACCUAUAAAUAAAAAUGAUGCAAUAAUCACAAAUAAACCCCGUACAGUUACUACAGUUCAACAGAGUAAUAAAAUAGUAAGUUUUAGGAACCUACAAUAAAUUUAUUUUAAAUAAAUUAAUACUGUUUUUUUUAUUUAUAUAUAUAUAGGGAAAUAGUAAUCAACAAGUUCAAAAUUUAUCUCCUAGUGUUCAAGAAAAAGAAACCAUAGAGAAAGAAGAAGAAGAAGAAGAGGAGGAGGAGGAGGAGGAGGAGGAGGAGGAGGAGGAGGAGGGAGAAAAAGAAGAAAAUAAUGAUGAAGAAAUAGAGACAGAAGUAAAAAAAGAAGAAAAAAUAAAAGGAAAUAAAGAAAAAGAAGCAGUAGAGAAGGAAAAAGUAAAAGAAGUAAAGGGAAAACAAGAAAAAGAAGAGGAAGAAGAGGAAGAGGAAGAAGAGGAAGAAGAAGAAGAAGAAGAAGAAGAAAAUGAAGAAGCUGAGAAAAAAGAAAAAGAACAUAAUCAAAGUGCCCCAAUAAAGAUUACAACACUAAGCAAUAAAAUUAACCAAGUCCAAGUCAAUAAAUCUGUACCUAGUGGUAAAUAUUUUAAGGUGUCACAAGAAUUUGAUGAUGAAGAAAACUUAACAGAAAACGGUACCAGUGAAUCUGAGAACUCCUCUAAUAGUUUUGAAAAAGGUCUUAUUGAUAAUAAGAAUGAUAACAUUAACAGUGAUGGUGGAGUUCACGAUACGGCAAAUGUUCUAAAUGGGUAUAAAAUUAUAAAGAAUUUAAUAAUUAUGCUACAUGACUUUGCAAGCCCAAUAUACGAAUGGAUCUUGACAAAAAUAAAUUUGCAAAUUGAAAACUUAAAGAAGUUAAAUCCAUCAGAUAAAAUAUUAUCAGAUUAAUUUGUUUGGAAAAUUAUACAUUCAUUAAUAAAAAAAUUAACAAUAAUAAUCAAAGGUAAUUAAUUCAAAAGUGUAUAAAUGAAUAUAAAAUGUAUUAUAAUCAACACAAAUAUAUUAAAAUAAUUAUUAUAUCUAAUAAAUUAUCAAGACAAUAAAAUAAAAUGUAUAUUAUUUUAGUGAUUUGAUUUACUGUGUUUAACAAAUAAUGUUUAAUUUUUAUUCUUUAAAUUGUUCUAAUAUUCUAUCAGCUUCUCGCCAACCAGUUUCAAUGGCUCCGUGGACAGUAGAAAAGUAACAACUAUGAGUAGCUUCACCACCAAACAGCAAAGACUAAAUAAAUAAAUAAUAUACAUGAAAAAUUAUUCUUUAACAAUAAUUCAAUGUAGACAUUUUUAUUGAUAACACACAUUUUGUCCACUUGAGUUUGUUAAAGGUUUCGCUAAUUGACUAUUAGCUCUUCCUUCUUUAUCUGUGUUCAUAGAAUGAAAAGAAUACGAACCAUAGAAGUGACUAUUUGUACCCCAUUGUGAUCUAAAAUAUUAAAACACA